UUCGCCUUCAUAAUUUUCCUUAAUUCUUCCAUUUUUUUAAUUUAAUUUUAUUUUUUUAUCUUUUUUUUUGUACAGAACAUAAAUUAACCUAAGUACAAUAAUUUUAUCAUGGGUCGGGUAAAACUUCAAAUCAAAAGGAUUGAGAACAACACGAAUCGUCAAGUUACGUUUUCAAAACGACGAAAUGGACUCAUUAAGAAGGCUUACGAGCUCUCUAUCUUAUGUGACAUCGAUAUUGCACUUAUUAUGUUUUCGCCUUCCGGUCGUCUUAGCCAUUUUUCUGGCCGUAAAAGAAUUGAAGACGUAUUAACGCGUUACAUUAAUCUUCCCGACCAUGAUAGGGGAAACUUCGUUCAUAAUCGAGAGUACUUAAUUGGUACCCUGAAAAAGCUCAAGACGGAGAAUGACAUUGCUCUUCAACUAGCCAACCCUGGAGGAUGUAACUCAAACUUGGAGCAGGAUCUUCAACAAGAAGUGAAUAACUUGCAACACCAACUUCAGAUGGCUGAAGAUCAAUUAAGGAUUUAUGAGCCUGAUCCAAUGGCUUUCACAUCAAUUGGAGAACUUGAAUCAUGUGAGAAGAAUCUCAUUGAUGCUUUAUCACACGUCUCUCAACGAAAGAAAUACUUGUUGAGUAAUCAUAUGUCAAGCUAUGACCCUUCAGGUGUCCAGAUUUUCUUGGACACGAGUGAAGGGAUGCCAACGUCGUUUGAAGACAUAGGUUGGUUGCCAGAAAGUGGUCAUAAUCAAGGCCAAAUUUUCACUAGCUCUGACCCUUCUAAUACCAUUGCCAUGAGGCCAAACCAUUCUUCAGCAGCACCGGGAACAACAACUAUAUACGAAACCUUGAAUCAUGGACAGGGGGGCAAUGCCAUAAACGCUGUUAUGAAUCAACAUAACACUCAGAUGGGAGGCACAACAGUUGCUCAACAUCAUCAACAACAGCAGCAGCAACAACAUCAACAGCAGCAGAAACAGCAACAUCAACAUCAACAACAUCAACAUCAACAGCAGCAGCAUCAUCCUCAUGAUCAAACAGGUGGGAACGGAGCACUUCAAACGUGGCAUCAGGCUUACACAUCAACUGAGCUUCUCAAUGCAUUGAUGCAGUCUAACACCACAUCAUAUUCUUCACUUAUCAAGCAAGAAUUGGCAGGGGGGCUGCUGGUGUAGGGGGAGCAGCAUCCGCGAUGGUUACAGGACAGCAAGUAGAGGCGAUUCCUGCAACCAUGGGAUGCGGUAUAGUAGAAAUUGGAGUAGGAGGGCAUAUCCAAUGCAGUGAAGAUGCUUCUGCUACCUCUGCAUCAAAUUUUGACCAUAAAAUUCCACAACUCAAUAUGCAAUGAAGCAAAUACUCCCAAAAGUUUCUGUAAUCCCAUGAUCCUCCUAUCCAUGUAUUACUAAUGUUGUAUCUUACUGCUGGCUCCUGGCUGUCUGAAGGCGUUGCAGGCGUACGUGUGCUCCUGAUUCUUUACAUUAGUUUAUAUCAUUCCAAAUUGUAAAUCCGAGACAAAUUUAAAGGUCCCUCCUCCAUCUCCCAUACCACAACCAGUAGCAUCUCUAAACAAAAUGUGCAUGGUACUGGACUAAUAGAUAUAUACACACAGUAUUUAGCAUUUUGCAACUUAUAUUACAUAAUACAUACACCGUAAGUAAUAUUACAUUUUUUAUGUAAUUAGCGUUACCAAAGUACCUAUCAGAACUUUAAUUUCAAAGGAGUUAUGUAUGAUCAUACAUCAAGGUUGUUACUUGGUGGGUAUGGCACGCGAAUCUUUGACUGUUUGAAAGUACAGCUAACUAGUCCUAAUCAUCUAUUUGUAACUCUCAAUCAGGCCAUAAUGAUCAAUCUAACCCUUAUCAUCACGGGCAUUAAUUAGAUGAUCUUGUCAGGUUGUUUUUUUUUUUUUUUUUUUUUUUUUUUUUUUUUUUUUUUUUUUACACCAGCUUAAUAGACGAAAUUAAAAUUACCCAAUGAAGCCUUACUAGCUCCAAUGGUACCAAUCAUCAUGUUAGUUGUGGUUGCAGCAACGAUAAGCAACGUGUUGGAAAUUUGUCUGUUUGAUGAAGUAAAUAUAAGUUUCAAGACUAAUCAGGGUUGAUCAGCUCCGAUCAGAUCGAGUGUAUAAACUAUAACAUUAAAUUAGGGUUAAUGAGGAAUAACAAAUUAAGUUUAAAUUAGUGCAGGUGAAAAAAGAAAAAAAAAAAAACGCACCUGUAUAGAUUACUACGUUUGGCUAGCUUAAUACGGAGUACACAAUUUCAAUUGCGAUCAUUAUCUGGAGUCUUAAUCAAAUUAGCCCAAAGAUAAGUCAUUGUCCAACUUAGCGAUGUACAUUAAUGCAAUAUGUCAACUGUAGGGUUGGAACAUGGGAAUAAAAAUUGGAAGAGAGUAAGGUGGUUUAUUUAAAUUACCACAACGUUAUUCAAACACCCAUAUUAUACGACCAAAUUAAGUUUGGUUUAGUAGGAAAGAUUGUACAUUUUAACCUUGAGGUUGGGGGUUUAAUUCCCAGUAGAGGCACUUUGAGGGUGGGGAUCCCUCACCAUUUCUCCCUCAAAAUAACUCAAAAUAAUUGCGCAAAUAAGUGCUUUGAAGGGAAUU